UCUGGUGGAAGACGCUGUCCCGGAGCCUGUUGGUUCUGGCUUUUAUGCUGCAGUACCUCUUCCUGGAUGGUAGCAGCUGGAACAAUUUGUGGUCGGGUGCUUUGGGACCCAAAUGAUCCUUCAGACCCUUUAUACACACCUGGCUUUGUAAAUGUCCUGAAUAGUGGGAAAUUCACACCUACAGAUGCGCUGGGCUGUCCGCACCACUCUCUACAGAGUCCUACAAUUAAGGGAAGUACAGUUCCCAUACCAGGCACUGAUGUAGCAAGUCAGGAUGCUCUCAAUUGUGCCCCUGUAGAAAGUUCUUAGGAUUUGGGGGCCCAUACCAAACUUCUUUAACGCCUGAGGUGAAAGAGGUGCUAUUGUGCCUUUUCCCCACAUAGCUGGUAUAUACAGCCCACGUGAGAUCCUCAGUGAUGUUUAUGCCAAGAAACUUAAAGCUGUUCACCCUCUCAACCCCAGAUCCACUGAUGUCAAUGUGGGUUAGCCUGUCUGCAUUCCUCCUGUAGUCCACAACCAGCACUUUGUGUUUGCGACGUUUAGAGAAAGGUUGUUUUCUUGACACCACUGUGUCAGGGUGAUGACUUCUUCUCAGUAGGCUACCACAGUAUUAUUUGAGAUUGGGCCAAUCAGUGUAGUGUUGUCAGCAAAUUUAAUUAGCAGAUUGGAUCAUAGGCAUACAGAGAGUAAAGGAGGGGAGUCAGGGUACAGUCUGAGGGGCAUCUGUGUUGAGGGUCAGAGGGGCAGAGGUGAGGGAUCCCACACUUACCACAAUGAACUCAUUGAUUUUGUUGUAUUUCUUUGCUCUACUGUGAAUCUCAAAGUAGUACAUGGUGUACUUUGCAUAACCUCUCCUACUCUUACAGCCUUCUGAGUCUACUUUCCUCUUGAUCAUCCCCAAAAUUAAUUACUGCUGAAUAGGCAGCUGUGCUUUCAGUUACUAAGGCACAAAGUCUCUCUGCCAUGCCACCUGGGAUAAAACCUAUCCCUUUUACCAGGUUUAUCAGCUCUAACAUCUCUUUAUUACUCAGCACUGAGUGCUGUUUGAUAAUGUUCCAGCCAGGUUCAUCGUGUAGUUCAAAAGUCCAGAGCUGCUGUAUUAAUUGUUUCGUAUCCCAUAUAACUGUGGGUUUAGCUGUAAUAAAUCGUUUCACUUCACAUUUGGUGAGAUUUGAGAAGUGAGCCAUACGUAGCUACAUGCUGUUCCCAAAAACUUGUCGAACAGCAUUCCAUUUAUAUAUUAGAAGUACUUUAAAGAAGUUUUGCUUUCAAAGCUAAGUGGCUAAAACUGAACCCAACAAUACUGUCUCUAGAGAGAAAAGCUAUGUUGAUCUGAGCGAAACUUAGUGCAACAAAAAUGUAUCUGUCAGCCUGUGUUACAUUUGUUCUGGUUGGAGCUGCACUUGGAAAGAAUAACCUCAAUCCUGGAAUACAAAGCAAAAUUAUGCAGAAAGGUUUAGAAUAUGGCAGGCAACUUGCUGUCAAGGUUGCUGAGGAGAAGAUUCAAGAGUUGCAUCUACCAGAAAUAACUGGGAAAGAACACUGGCUUGGCUGGCUAAAAUACCAUAUUGAUGGGAUGAGGAUUAACAGCUUUGGAUUGCCUGUUUCUGAUAUUGGAUUGAUCCCCAACACUGGUGUCAAGUUUUCAAUUGGAAAAGCCCACAUUAGCAUUAGUGGAAACUGGCAUGUGAAAUUCGGACUGAUACACGAUAGAGGAACUUUUGAUCUGAAUAUCAACGAUCUUUCGGCCAUAUUUUCUGUGGGUGUUUCAUUAAGCAGUUCUCACCCAAUGAUAACUGACCAGGGCUGUGAUGCAAGAUUAGAAAACUUUGGCCUUAAUCUCCAUGGAGGGGGCAGUUGGUUUUACAAGAUGUUCCUUGGUAAAGUGAAAGAUCUAAUUCGACGUAUUGUUCCCCAGAAGCUGUGCUCUGAAUUUAGAGAUGCAGUUGGAACAGCGGAAACCUUCAUCCAGACAAAGAAAGUUUCGUGGCAAUUGGACAAGUACGUAGAACUUGAUUAUUCUUUGGUUGGAGAACCGGAGAUCACAACUGAUUUCAUUGAGUUUCCCAUUAAGGGUGAAUUGUAUGAUGUCCAACACCAUACAGAAGCUCCAUUUACUGCACAAUUGUUCAACCUUUCAAACACAACAGACCAAAUGUUAAUGGUUGGGCUGUCGGAGUACACUGUAAACACAGGAGGCUUUGCGUACUUCAUAGCAGGAGCUCUGCAAAUCAACAUCACAGAUGACAUGAUUCCAAAGGAUUUACCGUUUCACCUAAACACGUCCAGCUUCGAAAUUCUGUUACCCAAGGUUGCAAAGAAGUACCCCAACCUACUGAUGAAAAUUGUGAUGGGUGCCUCAAAACAACCAGUUGUGAAGUUUGUUCCAGGAAAAUUCACUUCCAAUAUCUUUACCGCAGCUCAUGUAUUUGCAGUCCUCCCAAACAACUCCUUAGCAGACCUAUUCCUGUUGGGUGUUACGGCCAGUGUGUUUGGGAAAAUGUAUAUUUCACAGGGAAGAGUGCAUGGUUCAGUGUCUCUGAACAGUGUGGACGUGGUGCUGGAAGAAACUAAAGUGGGAACCGUUCCAACAAAGACAUUUGAAACAAUUCUGAAGCUGGGCUUACAGAAGUUCGUGAUUCCGAAGAUAAAUGCAAAACUGAAGAAGGGGUUCCCCAUACCAAAAACAGAGAAGAUAUCAUUGAUUAAUCCAUUCCUUGCAAUUGAGCAGGGUUUAAUACUGAUCACAUCUGAUAUACAGUAUGGAAACUGAAAGCUAACUUACCUCAAUGUAUCUGCUAAAACUUCAUUAAGUUGCUCUGCAGAGACGGCAAUAACACUCAGUGACUGCUUUAUUAGGUUCAGGAGUGGAACCUACUAUGACCUUCUGCCGUUUGUAGACCGACCACUUCAAGAUUUAAUGUGUUGUACCUUCAGCGGUGCUCUUCUGCGCACGACUGUGCUUAACACGGGCUUACUUGAGUUACCUCUUGUCAGCUUGAACCAAUCUGACCAUUCUCCUCUGACUUCCCUUAUUAACAAGGCCUUUUCACCCACAGAGCUGCUGCUGAUUGGACUUUUUUUUUGUUUUUUGCACCACUCUCUGUAAACUCUAGAAAUUGUUGUAUAUGAAAUUCCUAUGAAAUCAAGUUUCUCAGAUACUCAAGCCACCUUGCCUGGCACCAACAAUCAUUCCAUGGUCAAAGUCAUUUAGAUCACAUUUCUUCCCCGUUCUGUCGUUAGAUCUGAACAACAAAUGAACCUCUUAAACAUGUAUACAUGCUUUUAUACAUUGAGUUGCUGCCACACGAUUGGCUGAUUAGAUAUUUGCAUUAACUCGGUAGAACAGGGGAUCUGGGAACACAGAUCCAUAAUUCCUUGAAAGUGCAGUCACAUGUAGAUAGGGUCAUAAAAAAAGCUUUGGCACAUUGGCCUUCAUAAAUCCAAGUAUUGACUACAGGAGUUGAGAUGCUAUGUUGAAGUUGUAUAAGACAUUGUUGAGGCCUAAUUUGGAGUAUGGGGUGCAAUUUAGGUCACCUAUCUAUAGGAAAGAUGUCAAUAAGAUUGAAAGAGUGCAGAGAAAAUUUACAAGGAUGUUGCCGGGACUUGAUGACCUGAGUUGUAGGAAAAGGGUGAAUAGGUUAGAACUUUAUAGCCUAGAGGGAUAAGGGGAGAUUUGAUAGAGGGAGAUCUGGGAUACAAAAUUGUAAGGUGUAUAGAGAAUGCAAGCAGGCUUUUUCCACUGAGGUUCAAUGAUACAAGAACUAGAGGUCAUGGGUUAAGGGUGAAAGGUGAAAUACUUAAGGGGAACCUCUUCACUCAAAUUGUGUUGCGAGUGUGGAAUGAGCUGCCAGCGGAAGUAGUGGAUGAGGAUUUGAUUUCAACAUUAAAGAGAAAUUUGGAUAGGUGCGUGGAUGGGGGAUUUGGUUGAGGGCUAUGGUCCAGGUGCAGGUCAAUGGGACUAGACAGAUUAAUAGUUGACCACAUAUUAGAUGGGCUGAAGGAUCUAUUUCUGUGCUGUAGUAUUCUAAAACUCCAUGGCUAUUUAUGGCAAAGCUGUAUCUAAUAAUAUGGCCAUUGAAUGUACUUCUUAAUACUUUUUUUAAAUGGCAAUAUAGACUAACCCAAUUGAACAUUGCAAAACUAAGUCUAGGAUUGUGUUUUUCCUCGCAUGCUUAGACAAUAAUCAACACAGCUUCCUGUCUCGGUGUACCUGGAAAUGAGUGGAUCGAUAAGAUUCAGUCUCUGAGACAUUGAUUGAACAGUGGUAGAGAUCUAACAGUUGUUAACGUUGCUCUUGAAUAAGGAAGAGAGCAUUUGCUCCAGUGCUUAUGAUUCUCUAACGAUCACAUCUGAAUGUGUUUCAGCUUCAUGUCAGGGUAGGGUCCAGCCUGAGGCUGACAGAACAGAGAAACAUAGGGCAUGGAACAGUAGAGCACAGUGUGGGCACUUCAGACCACUAUGUUGUGUUGACAUAUAUAAAUCUAAUCAGAAUCAGGUUUAAUAUCAAUGGCAUAUGCCAUGAAAUUUGUUGUUUUGCCACAGAAGUACAUUGCAAUAAAUAGUAAUAAAAACUAUAUAUUACAAUGAUAAAUACACGUAAAAAUUAAAUUAAGUAAGUAAUGCAAAAAGAGAGCAAAUAAAAAUAUAGUGAGGUAGUGCUCAUGGGUUCAUUGUCCAAUCAGAAAUCUAAUGACAGAGGGGAAGAAGCUGUUUCUGAAGCAUUGUUUGUGUGUCUUCAGGCUCCUGUACCUCAACCUUGAUGGUAGCAAUGAGAAGAGGGCAUGUCCUGGGUAAUCAUGGAUGCCACCUUCCUGAGGCAUUACCAUUUGAAGGUGUCCUUGAUGCUGGUGAGGCUAUUGCCCAUGAUGGAACUGGCUGAGGUUACAACUUUCUACAGCAUUUUUCUGCCCCUUCAUACCAGACAGUUAGAAUGUUCUCCACUUUAGAAAUGUAUGAGUUUUUGGUGGCAUACUAAGUCUCCUCAAAUUCCUAAUGAAAUGUACUUACUAUCAUACCUUUUUGGUAUUUGCAUCAAAAUGUUGGACCAGGAUAGAUCUUCAGAAAUGUCGACACCUUAGGGCUAGAAACAUCUGAUGCCUCAAUGAGGACUGGUGUGUUCACUCAACUUUCCAUUCCUGAAGUCCACAAUCAAUUCCUUGGUUUUACUGAUAUUGAUUGAAGGCUGUUGUUGCAACACCACACAACUGGCUGAUCUAUCUCACUCCUGUAUGCUUCCUCAUCACCAUCUGAAAUUCUGCCAACAAUAGUCAUCAUUUGAGCUGAGCCUAGACACAGUCGUGGUUGCUGAGAGUGUUGAGCGGUUGGACAAGCAUGCAUCCUGGAGGUGUGCCAGUGUUGAUUAUCAGUUAGGAGGAUAUGUUAUUUCCGUUCCACACUGGUUGUGGUCUUGUGGUGAGGAAGUCAAGGAUCUAUUUGUAAAGGGAGGUAUAGAGGCCCAGGUUUUGGAGCUUGUUGAUUAGAACUGAAGGUAUGAUUUUGUUGAGUGCUGAGCUGCAAUCAAUAAACAGCAACCUGACGAAGGCAUUACUAUUGUCCCAGUGGUCCAAAGCCAAGUGGAAAGCCAGUGAGAUUGGAUCUCCUGUAGACCUGUUGUGGUGACAGGCAAAUUGCAGUAGGUCCAGGUCCUUGCUUAAGCAAGAGUUGAUUCUGGUAACGCCCAACCUCUUAAAACACUUCAUCACAGUAACUGUGAACGCAACUGGAUGAUAGUUGCUGUGGCAGCUCACGCUGCCCUUCUUGGGCGCACAUAUGAAUAAGUAAAUAAUAAUACUGAGAAGAUGUUGUGAAGCCAUUGAAAGUGAGUCCAUAUGUUGUGGAAUCAGUUCAGUGUUGAGGUGAAGUUGUCCCCUCUGGUUCAGGAACCUGAUGGCUGAAGGGUAAUACUGGUUCUAUUACAUUCCUUAAAACCAAAGGGGCUGAUGCUCCUCAUGUGGCCCUCUGGAGUGAUACUCUACUCCAGUGAUUUAGGGGCUUCCUCAUCCAUCCUGGCUGCUCCCUGUCCGGUAGCAGAAGAAACCACAUUGUGGUCCUUCCCAAUGAGCUCUUGAGGUGGCUGCAUCAAGUUUCAAGGUGACACUCAGCACGUGCUCCUCCAGCCUGGAAUUUGCCAGUACCAUGAGGUCGGGAACAGGUCACCCUGUGUCAAGGAGCUCACCUCCUGAUACCUCAAAGCCAGAACUGAUAGCUUUGUGGUCAUGCUUGCAGUUGAUAAGUGGAGGGGCCGGUUGUGUUGUGGGAGCUGGUAGUCUGCAGAAUGAUUUGGACAAAUUAGGAGAAUGGGCAAAGAAGUAGAAGAUGGAACACAGUGUAGGGAAGUGCAUGGUCAUGCACUUUGGUAGAAGGAAUAAAGGCAUAGUCUGUAUUCUAAAUGCGGAGUGAAUUCAGAAAUCAGAGGUGCAAAGGGAUUUAGAACUCCUUGCGCAUGAUUCCCUAAAAGUUAACUUGCAGUUCGAGUUGGUGUUGAGGAAAGCGAAUGCAAUGUUAGCAUUCAUUUGACAGGACUAGAAUAUAAAAGCAAGGAUGUAAUGUUGAGACUUUAUCAGGCAUUGGUCAGACCACAUUUAGAUUAUUGAGUGCAGUUUUGGGCCCCCUCUAUAAGAAAGGAUGUACUGGCAUUGAAGAGUAUCAUAGAAACAUAGAAACAUAGAAAAUAGGUGCAGGAGUAGGCCAUUCGGCCCUUCGAGCCUGCACCGCCAUUUAUUAUGAUCAUGGCUGAUCAUCAGAACCCUGCCCCAGCCUUCCCUCCAUACCCCCUGACCCCCGUAGCCACAAGAGCCAUAUCUAACUCCCUCUUAAAUAUAGCCAAUGAACUGGCCUCAACAGUUUCCCGUGGCAGAGAAUUCCACAGAUUCACCACUCCCUGUGUGAAGAAGUUUUUCCUAAUCUUGGUCCUAAAAGGCUUCCCCUCUAUCCUCAAACGGUGGCCCCUCGUUCUGGACUUCCCCAACAUCGGGAACAAUCUUCCUGCAUCUAGCCUGUCCAAUCCCUUUAGGAUCUUAUACGUUUCAAUCAGAUCCCCCCUCAAUCUUCUAAAUUC